AUGAGCACCAUUGAAAAGGCUGGACGCCCGAUGCUUUUGGGGAAGCGCCGUGAGACUCUAGGUUCCAUGUACAGUCUUGUCGGGAGCCAUAGUGCAGUGAAGCUCUGCCGUUGGCAAAAAUCAAUGAUGCGUGGUAGGGGUGGAUGCUAUAAAUGGACAAUGUAUGGAAUCGAAUCCCAUCGCUGUAUGGAGGCAACCCCAAGUAUGGCAUGUGCAAACAAAUGCGUGUUCUGCUGGCGGCUAAAUACCAAUCCUACCGCCACGAAGUGGAGAUGGCAGGUGGAUGAACCACAGAUUAUUGUUGAGGGGAUGUUGUCCAGCCACAAGGCACUUGUUUCGGGCGUACGAGGCAUGCCAGGUGUAACGGAAAAGGGAUUGGAAGAGGCUAUGAACCCAAGACACUGCGCACUUUCCCUUGUUGGCGAGGCUGUCUUGUAUCCGUACGUGAAUGACUUUCUUCAUGUUCUUCAUGGUAAGGGAAUAUCGACAUUUCUUGUAAACAAUGGCCAGUUUCCUGAUGCGUUGAAGGAGUUAAGGCCUGUCACACAGUUGUAUCUCAGUGUUGACGCUCCUAACAAGGAAACGAUGAAAUUUUUGGAUCGACCGGUGUUUCCUGACUAUUGGGACCGCUUUAACCAAAGCGUUGUGAACAUGAGUGAAAAGAAGGAAAGAACGGUCUUUCGUUUGACAAUGAUCAAUGGAUUCAAUAUGAGCGAAGAGAAUAUACCGGAGUACCAAGGUAUUUUUGAAACUGGCCGUCCCAACUUUAUUGAACUUAAACGUCUCACGCCGGCGUUUUCAGGGAAUACGCGGACGGUACUUCGAAUAAAAAAUGUUCCAUCAUGGGAACAGCUCAAGGCAUAUGCCAAACGACUAUGCGAAGUGAUUUUUGACGGCAAGGAGUAUGAGGUAGCCACGUUGCAUGAACACUCUGGUUGUAUAUUGUUGGCGCAGAAACGGUUUAAAAUUAACGGUAUCUGGCAUACAUGGAUCGACUUUGAACAUUUUAAUGCAAUGGUUCUUGAUCCUAUUCUCUCUGCUCGUAUUGUGGCGGAUGGCUAUCUGCGGCCGACCCCAUCGUGGGCCCUACCGGAGUCGGAAGGAGAGGGAUUUGACCCUGCGCAAACCAGGCACGUCACUGCAAAACGACAGAAGUACCUGGCAUCGAAGCCCGCUGGAGAAGAAUAG